AUGGAAAUUCAUACUUUCAAGUUCGUUCUUUUGGCAUUCGCAUGCGUUUCAAUAAUAGAUUCGACUUUUACUCAAGCAGAAGAUUCUGAGCGUUUCUUCAAUGAACAUGACUUUGACGAACGAGAUGUCCCGUAUAAGUUAUGGAAAGAUGAAACAAGGUACUCAAACCUGCUAAACUCUUUUCUUCCAAAAAACGAAACAUUCACGCAAGUCACAGAAAAUUCAUUUGAAGAAACGUUGGAGGAAGUGAAAUGGAGUACCAAUCCGCCAAGAGAAUCUGUGAAAAAACGAGCAAGAAGGAAGCCAAAGAUACGGCCAAGUGUAGUGAAGAAGCUAGUACUAACCAGAGCACUAAGAAGAAGCUGUCUUGUAGCUCAUAACGAAGCGAGAAAAAUUGUUAAACCACCUGCAAGUAACAUGAGGAAACUACACUGGGACAAAGAGCUUGAAUCACUGGCGACUUCUUAUUCACGAAAAUGCUUGUGGAAACAUAACCAAAAAACUCAACACAAGAGAUUUGACUGGGUGGGAGAAAAUUUAUUUAUAUCAUAUGAAUUUAAUAAAUUUGAUGAAGAAUAUACCGCCCUAGCGGUGAAAUAUUUCGAUGACGAGAAAGAAUUUUAUAAUUACAAGAAAAACAACUGUGAAAAAGGAGAAGUCUGCGGUCAUUACACCCAGGUCGUUUGGGCAGAUACGUUCAGACUAGGAUGUGGAGCAACGCAAUGUGCUAAUGUGAAUGUAGGUGGAAAAAUAUGGAAAAAGGCUACUCUGUUUGUCUGCAACUACACACCGGGAGGAAACUAUGCGGGCGUUAAACCCUACAAGACGGGCAAUGGAUGUACAGGCUGCCACGAGACAGACACGUGUGUAUCUGAUAAACUUUGCUGGAAUCAAAUGCGCGGAAACAACUUUAACAAUGCAACAAUGAUAAACUUCACGGAGUGGGGACCGUGGGGAUCCUGUUAUGGAACUUGCGGAAGUGGAAUUAAAUUCAGAGACAGAACAUGCAACACUUUCGUGCGUGAAGACUGUGAAGGUAAAUUCACCGACGACAAAGUAUGCUGGGCCGGCCCAUGCAAUAAGAAGCGUAUUAAAACAGGGAAAACUUCACCAAAGAAUAAAAACAGCAAAAGACAAAAUGAAAAAGACAUUGUAUAGAAAAAUAUGAGAAAUACACCUAGGGUAUGAAGUAGAGAAUGUUAGCAAAUAUUCCUCAACUAGGAACGAGUCUGAUUAUUUUUGUCUUAAUCCAUAUUUCGA